AUGAGUUUUGUACACACAUCUUCGCUCGAGUUGCUUCCUCUGCUGUUUCAGAUUCAUCCCGUAAUACCACAUCAACAAGAUUCAAACUUUCAUGAACAGUUGUUACAUAGUGAAAUUGAUAAAAUUUGUGGACAUGGUCCGACCAUAGAUUUGAAAUUAUUCUUGUCCAAUGAUCAACAAUCAUCAGAAUCACAACAAACAGUGAAUUUCACUACGGUUCAAAAAAUUCUCUCUGCUGUGGAUGCAUUCAUAUUCCGUGUGAUGAGUUUGGAUUUGAGCCGAGAAAUGGUUACCGAAGAGCUCUCAGCUCUCAAUUUUAAUCCCGAUCAAAUUGAACUAUUUUUGAGAGUAUUAGAGGGACGACGAGCAGAGCUUUCAAGAUCAAUGAAACAAAAAACAAUUACGGAAAUUUCUCAUUCCUAUUUACAAGAUUUUGAUUGGAAAUUGAAUUUAGUGGUAGCCAGUGAUAAGUGUUCAAACAUCCGUGAACCCAUUGUACUUUUGAACUUGUAUGUGAAAUCCGAAAAUGAAAACAAGCUGAAGGAAAUUCUUGUAGAGCUGACACGAAAAGAUUUGGAUAAUAUUUUGAAUGAAUUUGGAAAAAUUCAACAUCAAAUCCAAAAGAUUUCAAUUUAA